UUCUCCGCGGACGACUUGUCGUCAGUCAGUUUGUCUGCUCUCCUGUUCUUGUUCUGUGCUUUGUGUGUUGGGCGUGAAGAUUACAUUUUUCGUAAAAUUGGUGCAAUAUUAAAAUCAGAAAAGUUGUCGAAGCUACGAAAAGUUUUAUCAUCGUAAAGUAAAAAGAUAUGAAAAGUUUGUAUGGCCGAAACUCGUGUCUAUGGUUAUGAGCCUAAUAGUGGGCUUAAUAACGCAAUGCCUGAACCUACAAGUUUACUUCGUUUACGUGUGAUUGCUGGACACAACCUUUGCAAAAAAGACAUAUUUGGAGCAAGUGAUCCUUAUGUGAGAAUUGAUUUGGUAGCAACUAAUGGAGAUCAAGUCAUUGAUUCAGUGUUAACAAAAACGAAAAAGAGGACAUUAAAUCCAAAAUGGGAUGAAGAAUUCAUAUUCCGGGUCAAACCCACAGAGCACAAGCUGGUCAUGGAAGUGUUUGAUGAGAAUCGGCUGACUCGAGAUGACUUUCUGGGCAUGGUGGAACUCCCAUUAGUUGGACUUCCCAAAGAACUUCCAGAAGCAAGUAUACCCAGAAAAUAUUACAUUUUACGACCACGAAGCGCUCGCUCUAAAGUCAAAGGACAUCUCCAACUAUAUCAUGCAUACAUGCCUGAUCCAGAUGAAGUCUCGGAAAGUACAGUAGCCACCGCUUUACCCGCUGCCACGGAACCGCAAAGCCAGGAUCCCGAGCCCGGUUGGGAAAUGGUAGACUCGGCAGAUGGGAGCAGCAGUGUUGGUCAGGCACAAGUAGAGCAGCCCGCCAGGCCCAUUUACGUUCAGGGAAGUUCUUCCACUGCAGAAGUAGCUAACUCCACGACGCAGUCUACCCCUCUACCUUCUGGUUGGGAAGAACGUCAAGAUGCUAACGGGCGAACCUAUUACGUAAAUCAUAUUGCUCGCACCACUCAGUGGGAGAGACCGUCUAUCCAGCCGGCCGUGAUUCAAGAGCAGCAAUUGGCACGCGAACGCAACCUCGAAACAGCUGGGUCAGAUAUGCAACGUCGCUAUCACAUAUCGGACGAUGCCCAUCCACUUCAAGCUGGAUUAGAUGCAGCCGCCGGUAUUGCUGAUCAGGAGGAUGAGUAUGAAGAUGAUGAACUUGAUGAUUAUUUUGAUGACGACGAUGAACUAGAUGAUGACGAUGAAUACGAUGAGUAUUGGGAUGAAACUGCAGAGGGCGAUGAACAGUUUCAGUUAAGAGAGGUCCAAAUUAACGGAAGUCCAAGACCUAGUCCGGCGUCACCUCGUCACUCCGUAACGACCAUUGAAGGAGAACAGGUUGCAAAUGGUACGUCAUCCACUCCAACUAGACCUGCAGUUGUGCCUAAUAGUGAUGGCUUACCCCCAGGUUGGACGGUGCAGGUGGCUCCAAAUGGAAGACUAUUCUUCAUCGACCAUAACAAACGAGCCACCACUUGGGUGGAUCCAAGAUCAGGCAGGCCAUCAACACUACCUCGUCAGAACCAGAGUCCUGGAAACAAAAGUUUCCAAGAAGAAGCGCUUGGGCCACUUCCAGAAGGCUGGGAGGAACGAAUCCAUUCCGAUGGAAGAAUCUUCUACAUCGAUCACAAUACACGAAUUACCCAAUGGGAAGACCCGCGUAUGUCAAACCCAAAUAUUGCUGGGCCGGCAGUUCCUUAUUCGCGCGACUAUAAACGAAAAUACGACUUCUUCAAAUCGCAACUUAAGAAACCAGCUAACAUUCCCAACAAGUUUGAAAUCAAAGUACAUCGAGUAUCUAUCCUCGAAGACUCUUAUCGGAUCAUCAACACUGUCGCUCGACCGGAGCUGCUCAAGACGAAACUCUGGGUCGAAUUUGAUGGUGAAGUUGGACUCGAUUAUGGUGGCGUGGCUCGUGAAUGGUUCUUCCUCCUCUCUAAAGAAAUGUUUAACCCUUACUACGGACUCUUCGAAUAUUCUGCAAUGGAUAACUAUACACUGCAGAUCAAUCCAAUGUCAGGAUUGUGCUGCGAAGACCAUCUUUCCUAUUUUAAGUUUAUCGGUCGGGUUGCUGGCAUGGCUGUUUACCAUGGCAAACUACUUGACGGUUUUUUCAUCCGCCCAUUUUACAAAAUGAUGUUGGAAAAGCCCAUCGAGCUGAAAGACAUGGAAUCUGUCGACACCGAAUAUUUCAACUCUUUGGUGUGGAUCAAAGAAAACGACCCGAGUGAGUUGGAUCUAAAUUUUGCUGUCGACGAAGAAAGCUUCGGCAAAACUAUUCAGCGCGAACUAAAGCCCAACGGGACGAACAUUCCUGUCACGAACGACAACAAACAUGAAUAUAUUAACUUGGUGAUCCAAUGGAGGUUUGUGUCGCGCGUUGAAGCUCAAAUGCGCGCUUUCUUGGACGGUUUCAAGGAUUUGAUUCCUUUAUCGAUGCUCAAGAUCUUUGAUGAGAACGAGCUCGAACUACUAAUGUGCGGCAUUGGAACAAUCGAUGUCAAAGACUGGAGGGAGCAUACUAACUACAAAGGAGAUUACAAUGCCAACCACAUGGUUGUGCAAUGGUUCUGGAGAGUGGUUUUAUCGUUCAAUCCCGAAAUGCGUUCUCGUGUCCUACAAUUCGUUACGGGGACGUCUCGCGUUCCGAUGAAUGGAUUUAAAGAGUUGUAUGGAAGCAACGGCCCACAGCCAUUUACCAUCGAGAAGUGGGGUACGCCAAACAAUUUUCCUCGUGCUCACACAUGUUUCAAUCGUUUGGACUUGCCACCCUAUGAGAGUUACCAACAGUUAAGAGAGAAGUUGAUCAAAGCCAUUGAAGGAUCCGAAGGAUUCGCUGGCGUAGAUUAAACUGCCGCUCAUCUAUUGGAAAGGGAUUGGUUGCACGUAUUUUUUUUUUGGUUGUUUUUUGUUUUUUUUGUUUUUUUUUCCUGUAGAGUUUUUUUUCUGGUUUCAAUUAAUAUUCUCCUUCCCUCUCACUGUAAGAUGUGUAAGGUCAUUCAUUCCACCGAUGGUUCGUAUCGUAUAGUCGAUUUCUACCCCUUUUGCCCCGCACGAUGCUGUUUGUUUCCGAUUCCUAGGGCUGGCUCAUCCUUCCCCCUUCCUUGGGUAGUGUACAGUUGGUAUUUUUUUUUUCCCCCUAUCUCUCUUUUUUUUCCUAUCUUUUUCUCUUCUUCUGCCUCUCUCUCUUUCUCUUUAAAAAAAAAAACAAACAAAACGUUUAACUCCGACAUGCGUGCUCAUGUGUGUCCAAUGAGCAGAGCGUAUGGAGUUUCAUUCUGGGGUUUCGACUUCUGCCAUUUCGAGCAUCACCUAAGAGUUGAAACGAAGAAGGAAGCAUUUCCAUUCUUUUUUUUCUAUUUUCCAUCCAACCCGUGUUUGGUACUAUUGAUGCAAUAUUAUUAAUCACGUCACCUAAUUUUGGCCCGCUCGCGUCGACGCAACCCCGACAUUUGCCCGCGUGCAUUGUUUUUUUUUGUUUUUUUUUUCUUUCCGGCCUAGUUUGUCGCGGCUAUUCUACGCAGUGUGAUACAUAUUAUUAUACAGUAUACCCUCUUCAUUAUUAUUAUAAUUUUUUAAAUCUACUUCCUUCCCGGUCAACGAAACAAACAAAAAUAAUUAAAAAGAUUCAUAUUCACAUCA